AUGAAGUUUUCGCCAUUCGCUCUCCUUUCCUCUCUCUCCUUUGCCUUGAGUGCCAGUGCUGGAGGUCAUUCCCAUGGUCAUAUUCCCUCGGGUGCUAUUACUGUUGGGACUGGCGGCAAAUACCCAAACUUGACAGUCGCCCUAGGUGACACGAGCAGCAAUAUAUUUUAUGUAUUUGCUGGUAAUUAUACUGGUCAGACGCUCAUCAACCGACCAAACGUCACCAUCUAUGGCGAAACCACCACCCCGUUAUCUUAUUUGGGCAACAAAGUGACUCUCUCGGUCAAUAUGCCCGCGUCUAUUGCUGGAAGUAACGACAAGAGUGGAACAGUCCGUGUAAAUGCAACGGGAGUCAAGCUUUACAACUUGGAUAUUGAGAAUACAUACGGUCUCCCCGUUUCUCAGUCUCAAGCAAUCGCUUUGAGCGUGCAAGCUGGCAACUUUGGUUGCUAUUUCUGUGACCUCAGAGGUCACCAAGACACUCUUCUCGCCAAUAGAGGCUACCAGGUGUACGCUUACUCGAGGAUCCUUGGAUCUGUCGACUUUAUCUUCGGGAUGUACGCGUCGAUUUGGAUCACAAAGAGCGUCGUCGAAUCAAAUGGCCCAGGAUAUCUCACCGCUUCGGGUCGUAAUAGCAGUGAUCCAAACUGGUUUAUUGGUGAUAACGUCUAUCCUGCCGGUUGGUCACAAUGGCAGGCCACCGACCCACGCACAGACUACAUUCUCUUUGGAGAAUACGGCAACUUUGGUCCCGGUGCAUGGAAGGCGACCGCUCGUGCUCCCUUUGCCACCUUGCUCAACGCCUCCAUUUCCAUUGAAACAGUCUUGGGAUCCAAUUAUACAACUUGGGUGGACAGACGAUACAUCUGA